UACUACAUGUGCGCAAGGAAAGGCACGGGCGGUAUAGUCAAGGGGCCGACUUCCAUCAAAGGAUGGGUAGGUAAGUGGUUCUUUGCCUCUGGAGAGUGGCUGGCAAAGGAUGAGUCUGGUCGCGCCUUCUUUGAUGUUCCCACUAGGUUUGGGAACUUAGUAUCAAUUAAGCUGAUUCCCGAACUUGCUCAAGCCACCUUCGACACCCUCAAGCACUACAAGGAUCACUUCCCAAGGGACCGAAAGAUCGUAACCUUGGUCACCGACAAGCUGCUCUUAGAGUCUGGGUUAUUGGACUAUAACCCUUUAGUUCGUUUGAUUGAAGCUUCGAGGCCAAACUCCGAGCUCGCAAUGGUGUGCGGAUUCACUGGCAGUGUGAAGCGCAAGUCCAAAGGUCGUGCUCACGCCCUCAAGACCGUGGUGGGUACUGAACCGGUGACGCCUACGGUGCCACGGACURAGGCUCAGGGUAACUCUGGGCCAUCUUCUGCAGUCCCCACCCCCGUGAUCGAGCUAGACUUGUCUGGGGGUCGAUCUGGAGAGAAGCGUUCAAGGGAGGAGUCCGAGGCGCUUGACGUAUCUCCCCUGAACGAGGUGAGGGGAGAAUCUCCUUUGAGGAGAAGAAGAAAGAAGAAGAAGACUUCCUCCUCCUCGGAGGCUGGGGCUCGUGGGACUCUGCCUACGAGUCAUGCUGAUUUGGUGGAUGACCCCGAAGCUCGGAUGAGGGGAACAUCCAAUGUGAGAAUGCGGUUCGGGAUGGAACCGUCGAGCUCCGGGGUGAAGGACCAGGUGUCCCGCAUCUCGGCCACGUGCUUGGACCGCUAUCUGAGGAGAGCAUCCAAGUUCGUGAGUGAUCCUGGGUCCGUACUGCAGAGGACCAUUGACAACGUUGCCGAGGCGUUUAUCGCUUCCAUUCAUUUAGCGGUUAUGGUCAAAGCCGAACUGGAUGGAAGAGAGGCUUUGGCAGCAAAGGAGAGGGAGAACUCCUUUGCUGCUUUAGAGGCUGCCACCACGCUGAAGGGCGAGCUGCUAAAGGCCCAAGGCGAGGUGGAUAUUUUAAGGGCCGAGGUGGAUGCCAAGGUCGAUCUCUUGAAGAAGGAGGGUGAGAAACACAAGGCUCACCUCCGAGCAGCCCAUGCUAUCACCAAGGGGCUAGAGAAGGAGAAAUUCCAGCUCCUGAAGGAAAAGGACGACCUUGCUCAAGUCCUUGAGGAGAAGGACGCCUCAAUUGGGCGCCUUACGACCGAGCUCAAAGACCUGAAGGAGCGCCUUACCAAUGGAACUCUGUUGGAGGAGUCAUUCAGGCAACACCCAGACUUCGACGGGUUUGCCAAAGACUUCAGUGAUGCUGGCUUCAAGUUCCUGAUGAAGGGCAUUGCUGCCGACAUGCCUCAUCUUCAGAUCGAUCUCAACGGUCUCAAGAAGAAGUAUUCUGAGAAGUGGGCUUCUGGGCCUAACGGUACUCCUGACCCCCAAUCCCUGGUAGAUAAGUACGUCAGGGAGCUGGACUCUGACUACUCCGACAUGGAGGAAGAGGAUGCCCCUAGCCAAGAGCCUAYCGAGGUCGGCACGACCCAAGAGGAGGUUCCUUCACAGCAGGGCGGAUCCUAG